AUGUCUUUUAGGAAACAACUCUCUGGUAAUAUGAAAAGAAAAAAAAAGGCAAAGGAUAACGAAAUUGCCGAAAGUUUAAGAGGAUCUCUUAAUAAAUUUUUCUCUACAAAGAAUGAGUCAGUUGAAAAUUUGAGAGAAAAUAAUGUUGGUGAAGAGCCACAAAAUGUUAUUGGGGAGUCUCAUGAUCAUGAAAAUGGUAGUGAUUUAGAAGAAAAUGUUAGUGAUGAGUCUCAAGACCAUGAAAAUGGUGGUGAUGUGGAUUUAAAUGUUGAUGAUGAUCAUAUUGGUGUAGAUGAAAAUAUUGAAUCUCCUGAACCUAUUUUCCAUAUAAACAUUUAUGAUCCAAGAGUUUGGGAUGGUCUUAAUGCAGAAAUGAGAGACUUGCUUGUAGAAAAUGGGCCAAUUCGAGAAACUAAUCUCACUUAUCCUAAGGACAAACUCUCUAGAAAAUUUUCCUCACACUACUAUGAUCGAAAAUUACCAACGGGUGAAAUUUAUGAUAGGAAAUGGCUCGUGUACUCAAAAGAGUUGGAUAAAGUCUUUUGCUUUUGUUGUAAAUUGUUUAAAACAAUUGCCUCAAAAAGUGAGUUAGCAAAAGAUGGAAUUAGUGACUUUAAUUUUUCUGUCAUUAAAAAGGUAAAAGAAGCCAAAUUUUUUUCUGUCAUUCUUGAUUGUACUCCUGAUGCAAGUCAUGUGGAACAAAUGACUUUAAUUUUGAGAUGUGUUGACUUGUCAAGUAGGUCAAUAAAUAUAAGGGAGUAUUUCAUGGAGUUUUUAAGUGUGGAAGAUACAUCAGGACAAGGACUUUUUAAUGAGUUGCAAGAUGUCCUAAAGUCUCUUGAUCUUGAUAUUGAUAAUGUGAGGGGACAAGGUUAUGAUAAUGGAUCUAACAUGAGAGGGAAACACCAAGGUGUCCAAAAAAGAUUGCUAGACAUAAAUCCCAGAGCAUUUUACAUGCCAUGUGUCAUUGUCAACUACUCGAUGGGAAAGUCACAUUGA